AUGAUUCUCUACUUCCGCAUUCGCUCUCCCGCCCCUCGUGCUCAACGUCUAUUCCCGCCCUCUGGCACGAUCCACGCCUCUUCCGUCUGCCCCGCCAGCCGAUCACAAUCUCCGACCUCGACGCUAAAUCCUCACCAUGAAGAUCGACCUUUGGAUGAACUGGAGCGUCACUCGGACACAAAGCAAUGCGCAAUUGGCUACGUUCAAGUCGGAUCUGGUGGAAUGUGUAAGGGCCCAAGAGCAGGAGGUCAGAGUGCAGUUGGGGUAUAUGCCGACGGACUGGCUACUUCUAUCAGGGAGUUGGAUCACAGGUCUGACCUUCAUCAGACGAUCCGGGGAUCAAAUUCAGGAAUCAGGGUCUGGGCAAUCCACUGCAUGGUCAGCAGUACUGGUGACCAUUCGCCCUGUGGGCAAACGCAAUGGGAGGACCACACUGGAAGAAUGAGUACCCACUACAAACUCCACUGGCUGGGAGAUGAGAUGCUGUAA